GUAUCAGACAGCCUAUUCCAAACGAAGCUUAUCGUAGAUAAGGGAACCUAUUAUCGCGCUUAAGCCCGCCUCGGCUCGGAUUGGACUGCGUGUGCGAUCAAUCUCGUGUUGUGCUUUAUCUUAUUAUCCUAUGUAGCGAAGCUAGCCUCUUGAUUGCGUCUCGCUACUCUGCCUACAUCCUUCCCGUCUCCAUCCUGCCCGUCUCCGAGGUUUCCCCAGCGGGAGGCAAAAUAAAUGCUUCGCAGCAGCCUCAAGCAGUCCGUCGAGAUGGUUGACCGAAGACGAAAUGGCGCCGACUACAUCUGGGAUAUUAUCUUGAUCCUUGGCACGGCCGGAGCAGCGUGGUUUCUAACCAGGAACCUCCUCACGAAUCUCGCCGACCCCGAAAAGGAAAAACGCGAACAGGCCAGGCUCAGGGCGAAAGCGAACCUCCGGAGGCUACCAAAGCUAAGAGACUACGCAGAGGGGAGCGAUGAAGGGAUGAUCAGCGAUGGGAAGAGAGGCCCGCGUGUCGAGGAUCUGGUGCUUAACGAGUAUGAGAACCUCGUAGCGCUCGAGGUCGUUGCGCCCGAGGACAUACCAGUUGGAUUCGACGACAUUGGUGGGCUGGAGGAUAUCAUCGAGGAGGUGAAGGAGUCCGUCAUAUACCCAUUAACUAUGCCACAUCUCUACUCGCACGCCGCACCUCUAUUGUCGGCGCCGUCUGGCGUGUUACUAUACGGUCCUCCUGGGUGUGGCAAGACGAUGUUGGCGAAAGCAGUCGCGCACGAGAGCGGCGCGUCUUUUAUCAACCUACACAUUUCGACAUUAACCGAGAAGUGGUAUGGGGACUCGAACAAGCUGGUGCGGGCAGUCUUCUCCCUCGCUCGCAAACUUCAGCCUGCUAUCAUCUUCAUAGACGAGAUCGAUUCCAUCCUAGGGACUAGGAGAAGCGGCGAGCACGAGGCUAGCGGCAUGGUCAAAGCCGAAUUUAUGACGUUAUGGGAUGGUCUUACCUCGGCGAAUACUCAAGGCAUCCCUGCCAGGAUUGUCGUGCUCGGCGCAACUAAUCGUAUCCAAGACAUCGACGAGGCUAUCUUACGCCGGAUGCCUAAGAAAUUCCCCGUGUCGUUGCCCGAUAAAAGCCAACGGCUACGAAUACUCCAACUCAUCCUCAAGGACUCUAAAACCGACCCCAGCGACUUCAACAUCGAAUACAUUGCCAGGGUUACGGCAGGCAUGUCGGGUAGUGAUAUCAAGGAGGCUUGUCGCGAUGCCGCCAUGGCGCCGGUUCGAGAAUACAUACGCGAGCACAAAGCCAGCGGAAGCUCGAUGUCCUCUAUCGACCCGACCAAGGUGCGGGGAAUCCGCACGGAAGACUUCUUCGGGCGGGAAGGCGGUGGGCAAAUCCUCAUGAGGAACCACGCACAAGCAAAGUCCUCGAGCGACGAGGACGACGACGUGGAGGACGACGACGCAUAUACGGUCGAAACGUCGACUACAGGCGCAAAAGCUAUCACCGAGGCUUCUGCAUAAAUCCUCGACGGGACGAAGCCGCCUAGUUUGUAUAGGUAACCGAGGGGAACCGGGGUACGGGCGUUCGCAUCGAGAGGCAUAUGUUUUGG